CCAAAUAAUUUCUUCCCAUGGAUGGACUCUCAGCAGCUGCCAGCGGCAUUGCCGUCGUCUCCCUCGCUAUCCAACUCGCAGAAAGUGUCAAGAAACUCCACGACUUCUGGGAGUCUGUCAAAGACGCACCGAAACAUUUCUGUGCAAUUCAGACAGAUCUGCGAUUGUUAUCUACGAUUCUUGAGAAGAUCGAUUGUGAAGAGGAUUUAUCUGAUCCAUAUAUUCGCGAUGUGUUGAAGAAUUGUGAAGGGCAAGUUGCGUCGCUUGUUACAACUGUGAGCGAUAUUGUUCCUGGCUUCAAGGCUGAAAGUCGACGUACUCGAGCAUGGGCUACUUUAAAAGCCGCGUUCAAGAAAGAAAAAGUCGGCGAGUUCAAAUCAUGUUUACAAGAGACGAUGUCAACAUUACGUCUUGCACUGAUAAUGGCGAGCCAUACAUCCCAUACUACGCAGCAUCAAGCACUCAAGAAGGAAAUAGAAACCCUUCAACUGCAGCAGACACUUCAACUACACCAGACGACCCAAGCUGUAACGACCUUAUCGAAGAUCUCGGAUGAUCUUAACAACCACAAGCUGGAAAUACUCGCUGCUGUCCAUCAAAUGAUGCCUGGCAGUUCUAAUCCAGUGUACCGACACGGGGUUGAAUUUGGUCUCAAGCAGGCAUUUGAACAAAUAUCGAGUGUUACAAUGAGCGAGGUCGAUGCUCAACCUACACCCUCGACACGACGUUCCACAACCAAACGCCGCCAGGUCUAUGAAGGGACAAGAAUUUAUAAAAGAUACCAAACAAGUACUACGAGUACCAUUUUUGGUACAUUUCAUAUCUCUUCUCAGACAUGUGCACUUAUUCCGGAAGGAAGUGACGAGGAUGACGACGACGUGCAAUACGAGCAUUUCACAACAAUUCGAGUCCAUCCUAGCUGGUGGCUCAUAAAAAUGGGUUUUCAAUAUCACAUCAAUGCUAUGAUAACGCAAACCUCGCAAGAAUGGCGGCCGUUAUUUCUCAAGUCUUACGCGGUACCUGACGACGCUAUUAUUUUUAGCCUCUGCGACACAGGAGACAUUGAGGCUGUUAAAAAACUCUUCUCAGCCCGAGUAGCCACGCCAUGGGACACAGAUUUUAGAGGCUGGACACCCUUGCAUGUAAGUUUUAAUAAAAGUUAGGUAUAUGAAUAUCUCCAUAAUAGCAUCAUUCUAGAUAGCAGCACAAAAUCAUGAUGUAGAGCUAUGCGACAUUUUACUAAAAGCUGGUGCAUCAAAAAAUGCAAUGGCAUUAUAUGCUAAUAAAAAGCAUGAUUGGUAUGGAGCAACCUUUACUACUAAAAGUCCGAUAUAAUUGUCCUGUUAGGACUUUUAUUUAACUUGUUUAAUAGGUCUCCUCUUCACGCAC